GGGGGAGGGGGGGAAGGAGAAGGAAGGAGAAGGGACACCCGGGCUUGCUGGAGAGAAAUCCGAAGGACCAAGGAAAAGAAGUGGGUGGGAGGCAUCCCAGUUGCCGGGCGUGAGUGACAGGAGGGAGCCGGCAUUUGGGGAGGCCAAAGGGAAGAAACUGUGCAUCGUUACACAAAAUGCAGUGUUCCCAUCACUCUGAGCAUCUACUGGAAAGUCUGAACAGGCAGCGUGAAGUGGGCUUCCUUUGUGACUGCACCAUCAUUAUUGGUGAAUUCCAGUUCAAAGCUCAUCGAAAUGUUCUUGCAUCCUUUAGCGAGUACUUUUGGGCUAUUUACAGGGACACUUCAGAGAGUAAUAUAUUUCUGGAUCAGAAUCAAGUGAAGGCUGAUGGAUUUCAGAAACUUUUGGAAUUCAUAUACACAGGAGAUUUAAAACUUGAUAGUUGGAAUGUUAAAGAAAUUCACCAGGCUGCCGACUACCUUAAAGUGGAGGAAGUAGUCACUAAAUGUAAAAUUAAAAUGGAAGAUUUUGCUUUUAUUGCUAAUCCUUCUUCUACAGAAACUUCUAGUAUCACUGGGAAUAUUGCAUUGAACCAACAGACCUGCCUGCUAACACUUCGUGACUACAAUAACCAGGAGAAAUCAGAUGCCCCUUCGGUGGAUAUAGUUCAGUCUCCAGUCUUAACAGUAGCCUUGGGGAAAAAAUCUGUCCAACCCAAAAAACGAAAAAAGGCCUUCAGUUCUCCCAAACACCCACCGAGCAAGCCAGUACAAUAUCCAGGUGACGUUGCAGAAAACUCUGCCAUGGAGAUGUUUUUAGAUGCAAAUAAAUUGGCCACCGAGAUAACAGAACAAGCUGCCCAAGGCAGCGAUAAUUCUGAACUGCAACUUACCCCUGUGGUGGAGAGUGAAACUUUUGCUGCUCAGGAAAUCCUUGUGCAGACUAUGGGCGUGAAGCCAAAACAAGGCCAACCACGUCAAAACUGUGCUUUGAAAGAGCACUGCUUAUCUAACAUUACCAGUGACAAGAACUCCUAUCAGUUGGAGAGCUCGGGAGAAGACCUGGAUCAGAAAUACCCCAAGGCCAAGCCAGUGUGUAAUACAUGUGGGAAGAUAUUUUCGGAAUCUAGUAGUCUGAGACGGCACAUGCGGAUUCACAAGGGAGUCAAACCAUAUGUGUGCCAGCUCUGUGGCAAGGCCUUUACCCAGUGCAACCAGCUGAAAACGCAUGUAAGAACUCACACAGGUGAAAAGCCAUACAAAUGUGAACUCUGUGACAAAGGUUUUAUUCAGAAAUGCCAGCUUGUUUUCCAUAGCCGAAUGCAUCACGGAGAGGAGAAACCAUACAAGUGUGACGCCUGCAACCUGCAGUUUGCAACUUCAAGUAAUCUAAAAAUUCACGCCAGGAAACACAGUGGAGAGAAGCCAUAUGUCUGUGAUCGAUGUGGGCAGCGAUUUGCACAAGCAAGCACAUUGACUUACCAUGUGCGACGACACACGGGAGAAAAGCCUUAUGUCUGUGACACCUGUGGGAAAACGUUUGCUGUUUCAAGUUCGCUCAUCACUCACUCAAGAAAGCAUACAGGAGAGAAACCGUAUAUAUGUGGCAUUUGUGGCAAAAGCUUCAUUUCUUCAGGAGAACUUAACAAACAUUUCCGGUCUCAUACAGGUGAAAGACCAUUUAUCUGUGAGCUGUGUGGAAACUCCUAUACAGAUAUCAAGAACCUAAAGAAACACAAAUUGAAAGUUCAUUCGGAUUCUGAGAACCCAUUGGAUUCCAUUGCACUUGACCCUUCCUUCAGCGAGCAAGAUUCAAUUCCAAGUGAGAAAAGCCUUUUGCUGGAAUCUGCUGAUGUGAAGCCUUCAGACAUAUUGCCUCUGCCCAUUGGAACAGAGGACCAUCAGGUAUUGCUGCCUGUCACGGAUGGUCAGUCUUCCCCAUCUGACACACUUCUGCGAUCUUCCAUCACGGGAUAUUCAGAACCUCAGUUUAUUUUCCUCCAACAAUUGUACUGACAACUGUUGAGUGACGAAAACUCUAGAAAUCCAAGCGUCUCUGAUCAAAGGGAGCUAUGGGUGAGCUAGAUUACAUCUCAGUUUCCACUAUGGACUUUGCUUUGAAUUCAGCUUUUUUGCUAGUAUUUUAUUACUCUAGGACAAAGAUUGUGUAUUUUAACCUGAAAGAAUCAAGAUUGCAUUUUCUAGGAGAUUAAAAAAACGUUUGUUUUUCUUCAACACCUGCCUUAAGAAUCCUAAACCAUUUAACACAGGGAAGAUCCUGCAGCGUUCAUGCAGAAACUAAGUCAAGGUAUUCAAACAAAACAUUGAACUGAAAUUAGAGAGGUCUUCUUUUAACUGUAAAUGAUUUAGCUUUUGAAAUAAACAAACCCAACAAUAAUUGAAAGCAACUCUGGAAAUAGCCAAAAUAGAUGCAGCAACUGGAUGCCAUUGGACAAAAGGUGGGGGAGUUGCGCCAUUUCCAGGAUGUCAACUUUUUUGUCAUGGAAAAUUAGGAUUUUGAGACAGUGGAGGCUAUCUGAAGAAGAUGCUGUGUCUCCAGAAGCAGAGAUAAAUCUGAGUGAGAGAUUAAGUCAUUGGAUAUAGAAAGUUGCAAUGAUGUUUGCUAUGUAGGCCACAGGAUGAAUUUCUUGUCUAAAGAGAAAUUUACAAAGUUGCCUAUAUCAGCUAAAUAACCUGAUAAGUUAUUAUCAUUGGUUGUGAAGUAUGUUGGCUCCAUUGAUAAUAAAUAAUAUAAUUAUAAUGUCCUUGAAAUCAGAUUUCAGGUCUUAGGGAUAAAAUUCAAAGCUAAAAUCACCCAAAGUAAUUUUUUUUCUGAUUUGCUACCUAUUCUAUACAAAUUACUUGGUCCCAGGACUUUUGUUUCCAGUUUCAGAUAUCCUUGGCUUGAAAAUUUUGGAAUGGCUUGUUACAGAUUAAAGAAAAGCUCUUCUGGUUUAUCAGUAAUUUCACAAAAGUUUAUAGCUUUAUGAGAAGAUUGUUAGUUUGAUCUGUCAUGUUAGUUGUAGAAAAAGAAUUUUAUUUCCUCCACAGCUAUCAGAAAAAUGAAAGGGCUGAAGAAGAAAUACUGAUAUUCCAUCUUUUCUCUGUCAAACUAUCUGAUCACUGCUGUGUUCACCUAGUUUAAAAUUCUGAGUGGUUCAUGCAUACCAAAUCAGUUCUAAAUACAUAGCUGACUUCUGAUUUUUCUGUCUGAUGAAUUAUAAAAUUUUUGUGCAACAGAAGCUAGCCCCAAACCCAUACAAUAUCCACACUGACCAUUUCUAUGCUGCCAAAGGCAUAUUGAGUUCCUUUUUUCUUGAAAAGCAAUUCCCUUCCAGUUGAAAUUCUUAGCAAAAAUUCAAGGCAAGUUCUGGAAGUGGUUCCUUGUCAUUUCUACAGAAGAGUAAAAAAAUGACAAAUAUUUUCUUUUAGCUCUUGAUGUCCUCGUGGCAGUUAUGUUUUUUAUUUAGUAAUACCAAGUGUUUCUGUGAGGAGGUGCCAAGUGGCUUAACUAUUUUUUUCAAUCACUCCUUGCCAAAAAUAUAGAUAUGCUUUAAGGAGCUCUGCAUUGUAGAGGAAUUAACCUGCUAGUUUCAGCCAAAGAUUCAGUCUAUCCAGAAUUCUGUUUUCAUGUUUUGACUACGAGCUGCCCUUAAGGAAUUGCUGAUAAGGACAUGUUUUUGAAAAGUGCUGUUAAGUUGACAUUAAACAGCAUGCAAACUUAAACAUGUGUGAAGUUACGUUCAAACUCCUAAGAAACAAAAAAGAAAAACUUAGCUAUACUAUUUCACUUCCUUUUCUUAUUCUUCUUUGUAGACCUUGGGAAAUACAGGAAUAUUGAAAAAGAUGGAGAAAUGUUUGAGUAGGAUUCCAUUCUUUUACAAAUUUAUCCAAUGCAACAAAAGCAAAUGUAUUGUGUCAUAAGAAAAAGUACAAUUAUUAAAUUUAUAGCAGUUUUAGCAUUAAUGCAACCUGUAUCCUCUCUCUGACAACUAUACCAAAUUCAAAUUUUGAUUUGGGUAAGAUUUGUAGUACCCACUCAGAUAUCUGGCUUAUAUAGGUAUAUGGUAUUUAUGUGCAAAACUGAAUAUAAUCUAGUAACUAGAAAACCAGAUUCAGACAGAACGAACCGUAUUCCUUACAUUGCAUAAUAUAAAAGGAACCAAUGUAUUGUGCAUUUUGCCCUCCAGUUCCUGCAGGCAAGAGAUCUUUAAAAAGUGUGCUGUGUGGUAACAGUUGUGUCCCAAUUAUUGAAUCUGGGAAUUUGUAGAACUGUGUGCGAAGGAUGAACAUUGCCAUUGGAUGUGAUUGUGCAGAAAUCUUGGCAUGAGUAGGACUAAGAAAAAAAGAAGAGUUUAAAAGGCAUCUCCAUGCAUUUUUCAGGACCAGGAGAGCUAGAGACCCAGUAAUUCUGAUUUUAGGAACUAUAUUCCUAGCCUGAUGUGUUGCUUGGUAAAUCCAGCCUGAAUAAUAAUAAUCUGUUUUUGAACCAUCCAAAACUGAAAAUAGAAGGAUUUUGCCCUUAUUUACAGCAGCCAAAUCGCUAUCCUAACAAACUUCAAGCCCAAAGUCAAGUGGCUUUCGUACUUAUUUCCUUCCCCGACUAUUCAAGAAAAUAAUUAGCAUUGUUAGCCUACAUUUAGGAGUUAUAGUUUAGA